AUGGUUACUGAUAUAUGUAGAAAAGAACCGUACUUGGGAAUGAACCCACUGGAGGCUGCAGUGUGCAUGGCAGCACUGGAAGGUGCAGUGGUUUCUAGCAUGGAAAAUUCUUUUGGGAGUUUGGACCUAUUUUGGAUUCAAACAACUCCAAUGAGCAUUGGAAUUCAAGCAAACGGAAACAGCAUAGAACAUAUUAUCCCUAAAAAUACUACGUUGCAGGCAGAAAGAAGCGUGUUGUUCAAAACAGUUCACGAUAAUCAACCAGGGGCACUAAUUAUCGUCUACGAGGGCGAUGAGAAAGAAAUUGAAAAUAACCAUACCUUACGGUAUUUUAAGAUCACAGGGAUAACUCCAGCUCGAAAAGGUGCUCGGGUUAUUGAAGUGUGCAUGAGAAUUUGUGCUUUGAAUGUUCUGACAGUUUCCGCGGGGUUACUCUUCUCUUCUGCUCCUGCUAUGCAAGUAUUGAUGCCAAUGGAGCAUCAUGGGCAUCGCUGGUGA